AUCGACUCCCCAUAUAAAAACUUACACAAUCAGUAUCUUUUCUUCUAACCAUAUGAUUUACUUGACCCAUUCCCAUUUUAAAUACAUCCACACCACAAUUAUUUUUUCCUACCCCUACCAAAUCCGCUUUAGCCCAUAGCUGACAUCCACCAUAAUUAAUUAACCAUGUUCCUACCAAUCGAUCCCAUCUUGCUCUUCCCCAACUAAACCAAGAUGCUUUUCCCCCGCCGGAAAUCCCCGCCGAACAUGCGGUCAUCGGAGCCCCUCGUCGCCAAGCAAACCGUCUCCUUUUCCGCCGGCCGGAAGCCCAACGGCCUCAUCUCCGCAUUCGCCGUCGUCCUCUCCGCCCUCCUCCUCGCUACCUUCAUCUACAACAUUCAUUUCGCCAAGUCAGCACAACAUUUCGUUGUUCGCUUUCCCGCACAAACCCGAGACCAGGAUGCCAACAGCAGCAUAAUUGCCGUGAAGGAGAGGGAGAAGGAGAAGGCUUUUGUGGGCGUGCCGGAGAGCUGCGACCUCUUUACCGGCGAGUGGGUGUAUGACAACGUGACGCGGCCAUUAUAUAGAGAAGAAGGGUGUGAGUUUCUGACGGCUCAGGUUACGUGUAUGCGCAACGGCCGUGUGGAUGACACUUAUCAGAAGUGGCGGUGGGAGCCUCGGGAUUGCUCGCUUCCGGAGUUUGAUGCAAGGCUAAUGCUGGAGAAGCUGAGAGGGAAGAGGCUGAUGUUCGUUGGUGACUCGUUGAACCGGAAUCAGUGGGAAUCCAUGGUCUGCCUAGUGCAGUCCGUCAUCCCUCCGGGGAAGAAAAACCUUAUUAAAAACGGUUCCUUUAACAUUUUUCGAGCUGAAGAGUAUGAUGCCACUGUAGAGUUCUACUGGGCGCCGUUUCUUGUGGAGUCUAACUCAGAUGAUCCCACAAAGCACAGUAUUCUUGAGCGGAUUAUUAUGCCCGAGUCUAUUGAGAAACAUGGCAAGAACUGGUUGGGAGUGGACUAUCUCAUCUUUAACACCUAUAUUUGGUGGAUGAACACGAUUACCAUGAAAGUAUU